UGUCCAUUUGUCUUCCUAAAUUCUUCUACUUUGCGUCUUAUGGGCAACGUGAUAACGACUAAAGGUCGAGGAAGGACUCCUCAGUCGUUUUAGUGCGUCAUCUCAUAAAUCGAGGAGAUUUGGAAAUGAAUUUUCUUCUACGUUCUCUGAUUUAGCAAGAGAGGAAAAGGAUUUGGGAAUUCGUGAUUUGUUUGGUUGCCGGGAAAAAGUGAGGAUUGAGAGAUGGGGUUUUUCAGUACGAUUUUCGGUUUCUUUGGAUUUGGAGCUGGCGUUGCCAUAGGUCUUGUGAUUGGAUACUAUCUGUUCAUAUAUUUCUAUCCCUGCGACGUUGAGGAUCCUGAGAUUCGCCCAAUAGAUGAGCAAGACUCAGAAACUUUGCAACGAAUGCUUCCAGAGAUACCCCUGUGGGUGAAAAAUCCAGAUUAUGAUCGUAUUGACUGGCUGAACAAGUUUCUUGGGUAUAUGUGGCCUUAUCUGGACAAGGCCAUUUGCAAGAUUGCAAGGAAUAUUGCAGCCCCCAUAAUCGCUAAGCAGAUUCCCAAAUAUAAAAUUGAUUCAGUUGAAUUUGAAACACUUACGCUAGGAUCCCUACCACCAACUUUCUCAGGAAUGAAAGUUUAUGUCACUGAUGAGAAGGAGCUGAUAAUGGAACCAUGCUUAAAAUGGGCUGGAAAUCCUAAUGUCACUGUUGCUGUUAAAGCAUUUGGGUUGAAAGCAACUGCUCAGGUGGUGGAUUUGCAAGUGUUUGCUUUACCACGUAUAACUUUGAAGCCCUUGGUUCCUAGUUUUCCUUGUUUUGCCAAAAUCUAUGUGUCUCUUAUGGAGAAGCCACAUGUUGACUUUGGGCUAAAGCUUGUGGGAGCUGAUCUCAUGUCAAUACCUGGCCUCUACAGAGUCGUCCAGGAGAUUAUUAAAGAUCAGGUUGCCAACAUGUACCUAUGGCCUAAAACCCUAGAAGUACCGAUCAUGGAUUCUACAAAAGCCUUGAAGAAGCCUGUGGGAAUUCUUUGUGUGAAAGUUCUGAGGGCAAUGGAGCUGAAGAAAAAAGAUCUGAUGGGUGCAUCAGAUCCUUAUGUCAAAAUAAAGUUGACUGAGGAUAACCUUCCAUCAAAGAAGACAACUGUAAAACACAAGAACUUGAACCCUGAAUGGAAUGAGGAAUUCGAUUUGGCUGUUGAAGAUCCAGAGACCCAGGCAGUAGAGUUUCAUGUUUAUGAUUGGGAGCAGGUUGGCAAACAUGAUAAGAUGGGUAUGAAUGUGGUUCCUCUAAAAGAACUUCCACCAGAGGAUCCAAAAGUUAUGACUCUUGACCUCCUUAAAAAUAUGGAUUUGAAUGAUCCUCAAAAUGAAAAGUCAUGUGGGCGGCUAGAGGUGGAAUUGACAUAUGUACCAUUCAAAGAGGAGGAUUUGCCCAGUGGUUUUGAAGAGUCAAGUACAGUGCAGAAGGCUCCAGAUGCAAUCCCUGCUGGUGGAGGUCUGCUAGUAGUGAUUGUUCAUGAGGCUCAGGAUGUUGAAGGAAAGUAUCAUACUAAUCCACAUGUACGGCUUAUUUUUAGAGGGGAGGAGAGGAAAACUAAGCAUUUAAAGAAGAACCGAGAUCCUAGAUGGGAGGAGGAGUUCCAGUUCAUGUUGGAUGAGCCUCCCACUAACGAUAAGCUACGUGUAGAAGUUGUUAGCACUACAUCGAGGAUGGGCUUGUUGCAUCCUAAGGAAUCUCUGGGUUAUGUGGACAUCAGUCUUGCGGAUGUGGUUAGCAACAGAAGGAUCAAUGAGAAGUACCAUCUUAUAGGCUCCAAGAAUGGUCAGAUUCAAAUUGAGAUGCAGUGGAGAGAACAGCUUCAUGAGCUUUAGAUUGUUUGUUUUUUCAUUAAAAUCACUUUUUUAAUUUGAAUUUUGAUUUUAGGUAGCACGUUAUAGGAAUAAUUGUCUGUUGUUUUUGCCCCAAACUCCUACGAUUCUUUUUGUUGUUUUUGUAAGCUUGUAAGUUGUUGCAGUAAAUAAAUAAAAAUAAAUAAAUAAAUAAAUAAAAACCCGCAUUUACUCUUCAA